CUGUAGCCCAAGAAAUCUGGACGUUUAACGGGGUUGGGAAUGGCUGCCUUAUCCGUCCUCCCUGGGAAACAGCCAAGCAGUAGGAGGCGGAGGAAGCAACCUCCUCCGCAGGCACUUCUCCGUUUCCUGGCAACCUCAGUGACUCACGUUUAUAAAAAGUAAAUAAGCUCAAGGCCCUCCUUUUCAUUCACCCAUUGCUCUUCUUUCUCGUAAUCCAGGGCUGCGCUCUGUGACCUCUCCUGGAGGCAGAAAGUGAAAUGGAUCCGCGCAGAGAUCCAGUUCGGUUGCCCAUAGGGUUGCCUCUACGGAGGCUCAGAUUUAUUAUAUCUUGCUACUUGGGGACGAAUGGUUUCAUAAUGCUAUGCGUCCUAUUUCGACCGGAGGCUUUUUUAAAAUAACGCCCUUAAAUAGAGCCUGGAUAUAGCUAUAUCCACGUUGCAGUAAAUUCUCUAGACUGCUCUCUAUUGUAAUGUGACAUAUGCAGGACUUCUGCUAAAGAAACUCCAGUUUAUAGAAAAUACAGCUGUUAGGUAACCUGGAUGGAUAGAAAACAUCUCAUCACUUAAGUAGCUACAUUUAUUCUGUACCAACACAAUGUUCAAUAGGUAGAAUUUCUUGCAUCCUGUAAUUUUCAUUGGUUGCCUUUGGAGUCCCAUUGCCAUCUGAAGUUACAUGGAUGGGUAACCCGAGACAAGUCCUUUUGACUGUGAAACCAGAUAUUCGUUGCAUUUUGAAUUAUUUUUUUUUCUCUUGUUUGCUGUAACAUUUCAGAAGCCUGAAUUAGUGAAUUUCAAUUCCUGUUUUGUAUUUUAGCCAUGCUUAGUAGGCCACUGUAGCUAUCUGCCUGCCCGGUUUUAUUGUUUACUUGUUUUUAACUCCUUUGUUUCUGAGAAAGUAUAUUGAAAAGCAGAUUAUUAAUUGCAUUAUAAUAAUGCUCAAAUAAUCUUAGUCACUCAGAAAAGCAUAAUUGAAAUUAAAAUGCAAAAGAGCAUCUCCCCAUCUCUAGCCUCACCCCAUAUCUCAGAAAACCCACCAACAAUUGAAUCUGGAGUCUGUAGAACAGGAUGAGAAAAAUAGAAUGAAUUAAAAUGAGUUUCAGGUUGAUAAAUGAUGUAAUAUUCUAGAAGACACACAGGUAUACUGUAGUAGAGCUGCUGUGUGAUACAUCUAUUUACUCUCCUUCACAAAUCUAGGAUUUCCAUUUUUAGGAGCUCUAUUUUCUUUAAUUAUCACUGGAAUCUCUUAGAAUGCAAGAAACUUUUUCUCCAAUAUCAGUCAUCUUCCCCCAUACACUUUCUAUUGUAAAAAAGCAAGGCUUGAGGUAUUCUGGAAUUGGAAUGUGUACAGUCAAGUUUAUAUCUUUCAUUCAAAUAAUUUCCCCCUCAACACUGUAAAACUGAAAUAAAUGCCUCUCUUUAGGUGAUUUGCAGUUUGUUCACAUUGUCUUGAACUCUUAUCAUCUCUCUACAGCAAUUAAACUGUAAUGCAAUAUUAAAAUUUAGAGCUAGAUUAAUCUUGUCAGCCUGAGCUAUUGUACUAUGUGGAAAGGAGUUUACACAGCUGUUUCUGUCCUGUACUCCUUUUGUAUUGGACCUUGCAGUAAUGACAAAAGGACAAAACAAGUGAAUUCUAUUUUGCCACUAUGAACCCAUUUGGAACACUCCAAUGGAAAUUUAGAAUCUAUUCUUAAGCUGAAAUGCAUGCAAUUAUCAAAAGAAGGAAUUGGUUCCUUUAGAAUAUAUAACUAAUAUGCAAGCCUUGAAAAUUAUUAAAGAGUAACUGUGAUGAAUAUUUUUAAUUGGAGGUUGGGGAUUAUAUUGUAGAUGAACUUAGAAUUUAUUUCAGAGCAUCCAACCCUUUGAUUCUUACUGGAUCUUGUUAUAUGCUUCUUUUUCCACCUGCAAUUCUGAAAGUUAUGAUAGCAUCCUAGAGAAAAAAAUGCAGAAUUAUUUUUUAUGAAUCAGUGAGUGUAUAAUUAAGAAGAAAGUUUUGUAUAUAUUCACACAUGUUCCUGAGCUCAGGAAUUAAUCACUGUAAUUGGUGGGAAAUGAAAUAUUUUUAGUGGACAGCUGCUAGCUAACUUACAGAAAGCACUUUCAGGAAAUGGUAUCCAGAACUUGUGUAGGUUUCCUGUAUUAUCCUUUCCUCCAAUAAAAGAUUUAUAUUAUUUUUUUUCUCUCAGUUCCCCACCUGCUAUCUUGAACUACCAGAUGGUCUCUUAGUUUUGAAUUUGAAAUAAAAUUUUUGAACUGAAAGAAAGAUGUGAAUGAAUAAUGUGAGAACCAUCAGUUGUUACUGAAUUGCAACUCCUGUUCUUCCUUAGUAUUGGCUAAGGGUGACAGGAUGUGAUCUUUCAUGGUAUGGUGCUGGGAAUCUGUGUUUUAAAUCACCCCAAUGGAUGCAGAGAGUGAUGUUGCAUUGGAUAUUUUAAUCACAAAUGUGGUCUGUGUCUUCCGAACAAGAUGUCAUUUAAAUUUGCGAAAGAUUGCUUUGGAAGGAGCAAAUGUGAUAUACAAGCGUGACGUUGGUAAAGUAUUAAUGAAGCUUAGGAAACCCAGGAUUACAGCAACAAUUUGGUCCUCAGGGAAAGUAAUUUGCACAGGAGCUACAAGUGAAGAAGAAGCAAAAUUUGGUGCGAGACGACUAGCCCGUAGUCUUCAGAAACUAGGUUUUCAGGUGAUUUUUACAGAUUUUAAAGUUGUCAAUGUUUUAGCAGUAUGCAACAUGCCGUUUGAAGUCAGAUUGCCAGAAUUUACAAAAAACAACCGACCCCAUGCCAGUUAUGAACCAGAACUUCAUCCUGCAGUUUGCUACAGAAUAAAAACACUUAGAGCUACUUUACAGAUUUUUUCAACAGGAAGUAUCACAGUUACAGGGCCAAAUGUAAAAGCUGUUGCAACUGCAGUGGAACAGAUCUACCCGUAUGUGUUUGAGAGCAGGAAAGAAAUUUUAUAAUUUGCCACUUCACGGUUAGGUGAACUAACCAAGCACCUUUUAUAAGACUGCUGCAUAUUGGACUUAAAGCAAAAAAGGGGGUAAAGAAAAAAGGAUUAACUGGACCAAGACAGCUGAAGAGGUACAAACUCUUGGCCAGAGUGAUAAACUCCAGUCCUUUUUGGAUUUUAUUUUGAACAGUGCUGUAUUGUAAAAACAAAAGUUUACAAAAAAUAUGAAAUUGCUGCUUUUUACAAGACAUUCUAUUUAUUUCUGCAGUGAUUUCUGUGUUCAUAAGCAGAAUUGUCAUGAUAUGCACUAACCUUGGAAAUACUUCUUUAGGUUGAGCUUGUGUUUUUAUUUGUUAAUAGUCUUUUACAUUUUUGUAUGCUGACUGUUGGGCACCAAAGAAGCUGUAGACAUUACCUUUUUCAUCUGACAAACAUGCACAAAUAAAAGUCUGCAAAACCUUCCUUCAUACCUGUUCUGUUACAUCCCUUUUCCCUUUUCAAUGAACAAUUGUAUAUUGGCAAAGUAAUUAGAGCAUUAUUAAUGUAAUCUUUUGUUCAGUUUUUUUCUUCCAGUUUCAGUGUGCGUGUGUAAAGUGGUCAAUAGCAGACUAGGUUCAAGUGAAUGACAGAUACGUAUGUGUACAAAGGACAGACUCUGUUUCUUCUGCAGUGUAUUUGUAAGUAAAUGCAGAGGCUGGCUGAUAUAUUUUUUGCUUUGCUCAGCAAGGGCACAUUCUGGAUCAUAACAAAUUUUAAUGAACAUUGUAUUCAAUAAAGAUAGAAGUACCAUUAUAGCACUUGAUGUUAGUAAAAUCAGCUUACUGUGUCCAUAAUCCAGAUACAGUUUUGGUUGAUUUUUUAAAAAUGCUGUGAAUUAUUUCCAUUGACUAGUGUUAUUUUUCAGGAAAAAGUUAAUUGAUGUAGACCUUUAGCUACUUCUAAAAAAUUGUCCACACUUGCCAAAUACUGCUAUAGUACUUCAUUUUUGUUUUUUAUUCUAACAUGUAAGAAAGCUUGGUUUUGACAUGUAAUCUUGGGAUUUCAAAAGCCAAUGUUGAAUCUCUCAGUACAUGUGCAUUGGUACAGAUGAGUGGUAUUACUAAAUUUUAAUUGGAAUGAAGAUGCUACUCUCAUAUACAUAUACAAUAAAUAUGUAAAAAU